GCUUGGGGGAAACCGGCCGCGAAGUGUUUCCGCCUCACUCGGCCGCUGAGCCACCGAAGAGCUCCCACCGUCGUUCGUGGGUGAAGGCGAGCCACCCAUGCCCCCUUCUGUCCGAGAAUACAUACAUUGAAGUGUGGGACAAGAUAUUUACUUAAUUUCUGUGUCAAAAUUAAAGACUGGCUAUGGCAAUGAAGAAAGAGACUGAAUUCGCCACUUUCACCUAAUGAAAAAUGAUAGACAAAAAUCAAACUUGUGGUGCGGGGCAGGAUUCUAUGCCCUAUAUGACUUGUCUGAUUCACAUACUCGAAGAAUGGUUUGGUGUGGAGCAAUUGGAGGACUACUUGAAUUUUGCAAACUAUCUCCUGUGGGUUUUUACACCACUAAUACUUUUAAUACUUCCUUACUUUACUAUCUUUCUUCUCUACCUUACUAUUAUUUUCUUACACAUUUAUAAGAGAAAGAAUGUAUUAAAAGAAGCCUACUCUCAUAAUUUAUGGGAUGGUGCAAGGAAAACAGUGGCAACUGUGUGGGAUGGACAUGCAGCGGUUUGGCAUGGUUAUGAAGUUCAUGGAAUGGAAAAAAUACCAGAAGGACCAGCACUUAUAAUUUUUUAUCAUGGAGCUAUUCCCAUAGAUUUUUACUACUUCAUGGUGAAGAUUUUUGCUCUUCAAGAAUUGAACAAGAAGUACUUAAGAUACAUCUUCAUACUCAUGUUUUUUACAGGGUUUAGUUUAUUACUUGAUGUGUUUUGUGUUCUACAUGGACCAAGAGAAAAAUGUGUUGAAAUUCUGAAGAGCGGUCACUUGUUAGCUAUUUCACCAGGCGGAGUUCGAGAAGCACUAAUUAGUGAUGAAACCUACAACAUCAUAUGGGGUAACCGUAAAGGCUUCGCUCAGGUUGCAAUUGAUGCAAAGGUGCCCAUUAUUCCUAUGUUUACACAAAAUAUUCGAGAAGGAUUUAGAUCACUUGGAGGAACAAGGUUAUUUAGGUGGCUUUAUGAAAAAUUUCGCUAUCCAUUUGCUCCAAUGUAUGGAGGUUUUCCAGUGAAGUUACGGACCUAUUUAGGUGAUCCCAUUCCAUAUGAUCCAAAGAUAACAGCAGAAGAAUUAGCUGAAAAGACGAAGAAUGCUGUUCAAGCUUUGAUUGAUGAGCACCAAAGAAUACCAGGAAACAUUAUGAGUGCAUUGUUAGAACGUUUCCAUAAAAAACAAAAGGUCAAUUAGAAGGUGAUUUAAUACAUUUAUAUUAAUGUGUUUGCAUCUAAGGUUCCUAUCUUCUAAGUUUUGUAGGUCCUAUGAUUAGUAUUUUUUUAAAAAAUCAUGUUAUUAAUCAUCUUUCAUAGAACUCAUUUGUUUUAAAAUUGUCAAUUUUGUUUUUGCAAUCGUGUCAAAU